UCGCCUCAUCGCUGCCUCAUACGUCUGCGCCCUCGAACGGCUGAACGGCAGUUAACGGUGGCCGAACCGAGAAGGCGUUGAGCUGCGCCAUUGUUGAAAAGGGCAGCGCACGAGGCGGACGCCGGGCCUGGACUCUCCACGCUGCUUUACACUUUUCACCGACUCCAUUGCUGUGAUAUUAGAUUGUUUUAUAUCUCCCUUAUUAGAAACGAGGAAACGAAGCCAGAACUACCAUGGAGGACGACCAGCAGUUCUGUCUCAGGUGGAACAACCACCAAAGUACGCUCAUACAAAACUUCGACACACUCCUUGAAAGCGGGACGCUGGUCGACUGCACCCUGGCGGCGGAGGGGAAGACUCUCAAGGCCCACAAAGUAGUCCUCUCCGCGUGCAGUCCAUACUUUGAGUGCCUCCUCAGCGAACACUAUGACAAGCAUCCAGUGUUUAUACUCAAAGAUGUUAAAUUCAAAGAACUUAAGGCAAUGAUGGACUAUAUGUACAGAGGGGAAGUAAAUAUUUCCCAAGACCAACUGGCAGCACUCCUCAAAGCCGCCGAGUCUCUGCAAAUUAAGGGCCUUUCGGAAAGUAAAACUGCUGGCAGUAGUAAGACGGAGUCCAGGCCACAGAAAACCGUCUCACAACCAACAGCACCGUCGUUAGACAUUCCACACGCGUCUUCCGGUCUGACGAUAGAAAAGAACAAAGUUCCUAGGCAGAGUUUGGCGCAAAGUUCCGUGGGGGAUAUACCAGAGGAUACGGCUAGUCCUCAAGUGUCGAAAGGGUUGUCCUCGAGGGAAGGUUCACAAAGUCCAACAUCAAGAAAAAGAAAAAGGUUUCGAAGAAGAAGUUUAACCGAAGAUAGUACGAUAGAAAAUCAGGAUGCAUCGAAUUCCAGCGACAUGCCUCAGCAAAUGGGUGUACCGGCGCUUGGUAUCGCACCAGUGGCAGACGAAAAAGUACACGCAGACCCAACAGACUCUCUCGGCAGGUCAGCUUUAAUGACGCAGUUGACGAAGCCUGCCGAUGAGAUGUUACAGCUGCCACUCGAAAAACCCGAGCCAAAUGAUAAUCUCAUCGAGCCAAAGUCUGAAUACCUAGAUGACGCUGAGGAGGGUGUCGAAGACCUAACGCUGGAUGAAGAUAUGAAUGAUCUUAAUGACAUAGAACAGGACAACAAUCGAGCUGGACCGUCCCAUGACCCCGCCCAACACCCCGGUAUGGGCUCAUGGCAUGUUACCGGUGACCGAAGUAAUGCGGGGGGUGUUGUGGGCUCCGUGGCAGCUCCCGGAACGGGAGAUGAGGUUUUCCUCGCAGCUCAGGAGGCCGCACAGGCUCAUCGCGACUCACAAGAGAAAGAGUCAUCGCAGGUAAUCGGAACGCGAGCGAAGAUAUCAAGAAAGAAAGAAUCACAGAAAGAAGAACAAUUGGUAUUGAAGCAAAAGGAAAAAUUAUCGAAGAAAAGAAGAACAAGAGCUAAAGGAAGAAAAAAUAAUUUUAUCAAUGAUAUGCCUUCAACGAGCACUGCGCAAAGUUCUUCAAGGGUUUUAGAAAUUGUUAUAAACGAUAGCUCGCCUCAGAGUAGCGAUAAUGAAAACUCUGUGCCUUGGACCGACUCGAAGAAUGUGGAAUUAAACUUAUACAAAUGCCAGUAUUGUGGCAUCAGUUACAAGAAAUGUAGCAUUCUCAAACAUCACAUUAUGACGACAUGUUUGUUGAAUCCGAACUCUAGAACCAUGAAGGAAGCUGGACUAUUCAAAUGUCUAGAAUGCGGCCGUAACUAUAAGGAAUUGAAAUCUUUGAGAUUUCAUCAGAAACACGAGUGCCAGAAAAAAGUAACGUGUCCAGAUUGUGGCGUAACUUUCAUUGGGUCAGUUGUUUCGGAACGUCAUAAGAAGAAUUUUUGCAAAAUAAAGAAACAAUCCAGAUUGAAGAUAGAAGAGCCACAGAGUGAACUCUUCGAAGAUGAUGAAUUCAGCAUUGACUCAGAUUAA